CUUUGGAGCCCUUUUGCCAAAAUAAAUCUUUCUUUUCGCGGGGUUGCCCGAGCACUCCAGUUGCCGUCCAACCAACUGACUACGCGUGUCCCCGGAGUACCGGGCUCAGGUGAAAACCUCACUUAAACCCUAGUGGGAAUGGAGACUUCUGGUUGAUUUGGAUAGGCCCUCUAGUCUACUACUAAGACCCCGCUGUCUUGCUAUCCGGCGCUCCGGUCGGACUCUCUGUUUUAGCUGCGCUAUCCUCCGGAAGCCGGAAGGCAGAAGGCGGGAGCCGCUUCUUAGCUGAUGAUAAUUCAUACCUCCGUUUCCAUUCAAAAUGUUACUACGCUUAGCCACGCUUUGGUUCUGCAUUCUUUUUCCGGCGCUUUUGGUGUCCGAUGCGGUGGCCUCAUCGUCGGUGACGUCUGGUCCUCACCUAGCCGACGUCAACAUUCUGUUGCCUCCCAAAAUGACUCAUCCUGUUGAGUACAGGCUUCAAGGAACUGAUGGCUGCUUCAAAUGGUCAUGCGAUCAUCGUGAUAUUUUAGCUGUUUUGCCUGAGUACAAUUCCACCAACCGUUGCUCUACAAGUGCCCGCUUGAAAUCAAUUGCUCCUUAUACUGGUCGAAAGGAAACUGCUGUUUAUGCAACUGACCUCAAUACUGGCAUGGUGAUUCGUUGCAAGGUUUACAUUGAUAUCUUCUCCAGAAUCCAGAUAUUCCAUAAUUCCAUCAAACUUGACCUUGAUGGACUUGCUACGCUUCGAGUCCGGGCAUUUGAUAGCGAAGAAAAUGUCUUUUCCUCGUUAGUGGGGUUACAGUUCAUGUGGCAACUGAUGCCUGAAACUGAUGACUUGCCACAUCACAUUGUUCAUGUUCCUCUCAAGGAAUCUCCACAAAGUGACUGUGGAGGAUUGUGUGGUGACCUGGACAUUCAAGUUAAGCUUGAAGAUGGUGGUGUGUUUUCUGACUUGUAUGUUGUGAAAGGCAUUGAAAUUGGCCAUGAAAUUGUUUCUGUUCAUCUUGUUGAACCAUCAUUUGAGCACAUACAAGAUAAGAUUAUCUUGACUGUAGCAGAAGCAAUGGCUCUUGAUCCUCCAUCACCUCUAUAUGUUCUUAUUGGUGCUGUUGUUAAAUAUAGCCUCAAUGUUAUUCGAGGCAAUAUUCCUCAAGUGGUAUCUUUACCAUCUCCAUGGCAUCAGUGGUCUGUUUUGAACACUUCAGUGGCUCAGGUAGACAGAAUGACAGGUGAAGCUCAUGCACUCGAUUUGGGGGUGACAACAGUCAUUGUUGAAGACACUAGAGUUGCUGGUCAUACACAAACGUCAUCCCUCCAUGUUGUCUUGCCGGACGCUUUACUGUUGCACAUAUUGCCACUUUCCCCUUCUGGUAGCCCUGUCGAGGGAAUGAGAUCUAUUCCAUCUAUGGCUCGCUGGUAUGUUGUCUCUGGCAGGCAGUAUUUGAUUUAUGUGAAAGUUUUUUCACAGAGUCCAGCUGGGGAAGAAAUUUAUCUAACUGAAAGUGAUGAUGUAGAAUUGUAUGGUGACCAGUCCAAGUUCUGGAAUGUUCUCCCUGUGCCAGAUAGUGUUAUGGUAAAAGGCAAUACCAGAAUACUCAAUGCAAUUUCUUAUGGUCUUGGCAAACUGAUGGCAGUUUUGAGAUAUAGCAGCAGAAAUGAUGAGAGAAAGGAGGUCAUUAAAGUUGUGCAGGAAAUCGCGUAUGCCGACCAAGUGAAGUUCAGCAUGAGCCAAGGCAGCAUUGACCAUCACAGAAUUCUCCUUCCAUGGGCCCCUGGGAUAAGUCAAGAAUUGGAGCUAAAGGUGAAUGGAGGUUGUGCAAUGGCAUCCAGUGACUAUAAGUGGUUUUCCUCAGACAUGGCUAUCGUGUCUGUAUCUGCAUCUGGCAUAGUUCAGUCAAGAAAUCCCGGUAAAGCUACCAUCAGAGCGGUGUCCAUUUAUGACUCAUUCAAUUAUGAUGAGAUGGUUAUUGAAGUUUUAAUUCCUUCUUCAAUGGUUAUGCGGCAGAAUUUUCCUGUGGAAGUUGUCGUUGGAUCGCAUCUUCAGGCUUCUGUCACGUUGAAAAUGCCAGAUGGAGCCUACUUUGCUAGAUGUGAUGCUUUUAGCUCCUCCAUUAAGUGGAAAACCGAGAGUGAGUCUUUCACAAUUAUCAAUGCAACUGAUGAGUCACUUACUUUUGGCAAGCACGAAAUGCUUGAGCUCCAGACUUUGACAGUUGGGCCCCCUUGUGCAUGGGCUGACGUAUAUGCUUCUAGUUCUGGUCGGACAACGCUACAUGCAACACUAACUAAAGAGCAUCAACAGCUUGAUCAUUCUGUCAGUGGAUUUAUUGCUUUAAAGGCCUCGUUGCAUAUUGCAGCAUAUAAAUCACUCCUGGUACAUCAGGCAAGUGAUGGAAACCAGUUUGGUGGUUACUGGUUCAACUUGGCUGAAGCUGAAGCCCAUAACCAUUUGGAUUCACUAUUUCUUGCCCCUGGAACACACUUUGAUUUAAAGCUUCAUGAAGGACCAGAGAGGUGGGAUCAAGGGGUUGAAUUUAUUGAAACUGUGGAAACUUUAGAUGACAAGAAUUCUUAUCUUAAAGAUGGAGGCCUAGUUCACCAAGUACAUGCUGACCAUGUUAGCCAGUACAGAAUUAAGUGUGAAAAGUUGGGAUCCUUCAAGCUUGUUUUCAGGCGUGGAAAUUUAAUUGGUGACAACCAUCCCCUGCCUGCUGUAUCUGAAGCACAGUUGCAGCUUGUGUGUUCCUUCCCAUCUUCUAUUGUACUAAUUGCUGAUGAAGCUGUAAAUUUACCUGAAGUCAUUGAGUCUGCAACUAAGGCAGACCGCAUUCAUGGAAGAAUUCGGGCCACCCCGAUUACUGUUGCAAAUGGACGGACAGUUCGACUAUCAGCCGUGAGUAUCAGUGAUACUGGGAAAGCUUUUGGAAACUCGUCUUCUCUCCAGUUGAAUUGGGAGCUUAUUAACUGCGAUGGGCUGGCUUUCUGGGAUGAUGCAUACAAUUUAGCAAUAACCAAGUCCAUUUGGGAGAGGUUUUUGGUCUUGCAAAACUCAUCAGGAUUGUGUACUGUGCGUGCAACUGUUUUAGGGUUCAUUGAUUCUUUAAAUCAAAACUCUAUUACUCCUUUUGAUAGUCCAGAAGAUGCUCUCACAGAUGCUGCACGUUUGCAGAUUGUUUCUUCUCUAAGAGUGAAUCCAGUCUUCAGUUUGUUGUUUUUUAGUCACGAUGCCCGGCUGAAUCUCUCAAUUGCUGGUGGGAGCUGUUUUCUGGAGACUUUGGUUAAUAAUAGUCAUAUUCUGGAAGUUAUUCAAUUACCAGUGGAUUUGCGGUGUUUGCAACUGAUGCUGGCCCCCAAAAGGUUGGGAACUGCUCUGGUGACAGUUUAUGAUAUUGGGCUUGCUCCUCCACUUGCUGCUUCUUCUGUGGUCCAAGUUGCUGACAUAGACUGGAUUAAGAUCACAUCAGGGGAAGAGAUAAGCCUUAUGGAAGGAAAUUUGCUAUCUAUAAGCUUCUUGGCUGGAACUGAUGCAGGGCAUACUUUUGACAGUUCUCAGUACUUGUAUAUGGAUAUUCAUGUUCACUUUGAGCAUCAUAUUUUUGAGCUUGUGGAUGAUGGUGAACUUCAAAGUCCAACUCACAGAUCUGUUAGAGCACCCAAUUUCACUAUACAGGGCACACACUGUGGGGUCACAACCCUAUAUCUUAGUGCUAGACAGCAUUCUGGACAUGAAGUAUUAAGUCAAUCAAUUAGAGUUGAAGUCUAUGCUCCUCCUAGGAUACAUCCUAGUGAAAUUUUCCUUGUACCUGGCGCUUCUUAUGUCCUCAAGGUAAGAGGAGGCCCAAGAUUUGGUGCCUUUGUCAAGUAUGCUAGUAUGGAUGAUGAAACAGCCAGAUUUCAGAAGUCCUUGGGACGAAUUUCAGCAAUUUCACCCGGAAAUACUACCUUAGUUGCCACGUUUUAUGAAAAGGGAGAUAUCUCGAUUUGUCAGGCAUAUGGAAAAGUUAGAGUUGGUGUUCCUUCUGCAGCCAUUUUGAAUGUUCAAAGUGAGCAACUUGCUGUUGGCCAGAAGAUGCAAAUAUUUCCUUCUCUGUCCGAGGGGAAUUUAUUUUCCUUUUAUGAGCUUUGCAAUAAUUACAAGUGGAAUAUUGAAGAUAAAGAUAUUUUGACUUUCAGAGUGCCAGAUCGCAUGCAAGGUGUAAAAGAUGGUAUUCCCUUUCCUGAUGCAAAUAAAUCUAGAUAUACCGAGUACUUGGACAAGGAAGACCUUGGUUUUCUUCAAGUGCUGGAAGGACUAUCUCCUGGCAAGACAGGAGUUGCUGUCACAUUCUCUUGCAGUUUUACGUCUUCUGGUUCAUUUUCAGAAUCUAGGUCAUACAGUGCAAAUAUAUCUCUUUGGGUAGUACCUGAUCUUCCCCUUGCUUUGGGAUCACCAAUAACCUGGCUCCUCCCUUCUCAUUAUACGUCAUCAGAUCUAUUGCCUUUAUCUUCAAAUCCUUGUGGCAAAGGGGCAUUGUGUUGUAAAAGCACAAUCAUUUACUCUUUACUGGGAAAAUGUGGAGGAGAGACAGCAGAGGUCGAAGAUGAAGACAUGUUCAUUGAUGGGGGUAAAAUUAAGACAAAAGAAGCUGAAAGUCUUGCAUGUAUUCAGGCAAAUGAUAGGUCAACCGGAAGAACUGAGAUUGCUUCUUGUGUAAGAGUUGCAGAGGUGGCUCAAGUGAAAAUUGUAACGCAGGAAGUUCUGGUUCUUAGACUUGCUGUAGGUGCUGAACUUGAUCUGCCAAUCAGAUACUAUGAUGUUCUAGGUAACCCUUUUCAUGAAGCUUAUAAUGUUGCUGUCUUUGAAGCUGAAACUAAUUAUCCUGAUGUUGUCACCAUUGAAGACUCCUCUGAUGGUCAGGGGAAAGUCCACCUCAGCGCAAAAAGCCCUGGUAAAGCUCUUGUCCGGGUAGCAUUCAUCAAUAACCCACAGAAGUCGGACUAUGUGAUGAUUUUUGUGGGUGCUCAUAUGUAUCCUCUAAAUCCAGUCCUUCCCUUAGGAAGCCAUCUUAACUUCAGUGUAAAUGGCCUGACUGAUCAAGCAUUUGGCUACUGGUUUAGUGCCAAUGAAAGCAUUCUGGACAUUGACAAGUUAUCUGGAAAAGCCAAAGCCAGAAACGAAGGUUCUACUCAAGUUCAUUAUGAAAAUUCAGAUUUGAAACUGCAUACAGUGGUUACCGUUCUAAAAGGGGGAGAGGUUACUGUUGAUGCUCCCACGUUGAUGCUCACUAAUGCAUCUCCUUUUCCAGUUAAAGGAUAUUUCUUUCUCAUUAAACUAAAUGAUGCUUAUAACCGCAAGUAUGAAACUAUUGGAAAUGGCAAGACAUUAGUUGAUUGUGUGGUGGAUCCACAGUUUGUUGGAUUCGCAAGGACUUGGACUGAUCCUGUCACUAAUAAGUUGUACUGCAUCUUCUUUCCUUACUUUCCGGAACAAUUGGUACGCACUGCUCCCAGUUCUGCGGACAUGAGACGAGGUUUAUCCAUUUCCAUUAAUGCUUCAUUGCUGGAAGACGAGAGCAUAUCAGGAUCUGCAUCUGUAUUCUUUGUGGGAGGAUUUUCUGUGUUGGAAAUGGAUGAAAAUUCUCUAAAGCUAAAUCUGACUUCAGGCUAUAACAGAAGUUUCAUAACCAUUGUGGGUAAUACAGAUGUUAUCAUCAACUGGCAUGAUCGAGAUAGGCUGUCUGUCAGACUCAUCUCUGGGGAUGAUUCCAGAAAAGGAGGGCAUGCUCUCUACGAGGUCAAAAGUCUCAAAGAUGAGAGUUUUAAAGAUAAACUAAUCAUUACCCUCCAAGCAACAGGUCAGAGGAAAGAGGUGGACGUCAGCUACGAAGCUGAGAGAACCAAUGGUGCAGUAAGAAACUUCGGUGCCAUCAUGGUUGUGGUCACGGUGUUUUUACUAUUUUUGGUAAUCUUUGGAACUUUGCUGUACUGCAUACGCAAACCAGGUGGCGUAGAAUCAGGUUUUGCUCGUGUUGGAGGUGCUCGUGUGGCAGCAGCUGCACCUGCCACUCCUAUUCGCAGUAGUCCUCUUCUUCGGGAUGAACAAUCUCCUCGGACGCCUCAGCCUUUCAUCGAGUACGUUAGGAGAACAAUAGAUGAAACUCCUUACUACAGGCAAGAUUUUAGGAGAAGGGUCAAUCCCCAGAACACCUUGUAGCUUGGAGCUGUUUCCUUUUUGCAAACUUUUCCCCAUGUGUAAUAUAUCAGAUCAUGUCAUCAAUUACGCAUUAUUUAGAUGUUAGUGGCUUUCAUCUGGAGCCUCAAGAGUGUGUACCAUUUGAAACUUCCCCCUCGAAGGCAUGCUCCUGGAGAAUUUUGAUUUCCGCUCUAACAUGGAUAUUCCCCUAUGUUUCAGCUAUGGUUUGGUGCAGUGUGUGUUGGGCCUUUGUUUUCUCUGAACAAUAUGUUGAAAGUGUAUAUCGUUUUAUGAGUGGAAAGGGAAUGAGUCGAGCUGCGUCUUAGGACACCUUACCAUUCAGUUAAAAUCGAAGUGAGAGUUAGAAAGAGAUAUUUAUAGCAAGGACAACGAAAGUGAUCAGAGCCACACGAAGUUAUCAUAUAUCAGCCAUUGUUGAGAAGAAGUCAGGACUAUUCACUUCCACGUGGAUUAAAGAGUCUGGACAAAUGUACUACGGGUUGCUAAACUUGCCAGCGUUUGGCGAAGGUCCGGGAAACAAAAGAUCCAGAAGCCAACUUCCCCCUCGCGCAGAGCAUCAAAUUUUCUUCUCAUACACGCCGAAAUAGCAAAACAGAAAAAAGAUCAGCAGUAGCGGAGAAGGAUAAAUAAAGAUGGCAACGGUGGUGUCUAACGUCACUGCAUUUCGGAAGAUUGAGAUGUCCGGAAAGUUCAAAGUUAGUUGCAGAAAGAAAGAGAGAGACAGAGGUCAAAACCAGCACUACCCUUACAAAGUCAUCGAAAUUACUCCGCCGCCAAGAACCUCGGCAUCCGCUGCUUUCCCUGUAAUGUGCAGUGCGGGGAGAGCGUGACAAUUGAAGGCCGGGCUUAUACGGUAUCAGCUGUAACUCAUCGAUACCAACUCCGAAAGGGGAAGUAUGAGCCUAGUGAGAAGAGGCUCGAUGUACUGUCCACGGGAAGAUACAUUUUGAACUUGUAUUUGGAAAACUUAAUGGAAAAAUCAUAAUAAUCUAUUCCUAUUUAGCACAACAUUUACUCCAAAGUAAGUAGAGAAUUAUGAACAGUAGGACUUUGGUGGGAUGGGAGGUCAAGUGUUCAAAUCUUGUCUUUCACUAUUUGUUGUUAUAUGUGGCCUGUCACUUUAAGUGGUUUCAUGUAUCUGUUUGAAUCGGUGGUGGUUCAGUUUUCACUGGUUUUCCCUUAGUCCUCUUCAGGCUAUAACAGUAGAGAGUUAUAACAGUAGCCUUAGCACAUUGACCUAUAUAGUAGAUUUGUAUGAUGAUGGGGAAUGAUUAAUUUAGAGUCCCAGUACUCAGCAACCCUAAAUCGUACUUA